GUCUCAAGGCAGAUAUUAGAGCAUGCUUGGAAUCAUCUCCAAGACAAAGAUAACGAGCAAGAAAUAGAGUGGUUUGAGACUGGCUCUGUGUUCUCAUUAGAAGUAUCAGAAGCAUGCAGUGCAAGCUCAAGAUCAUCACUCUCAAGUAAAUCCUCAUGUAAAUCUUCAAAAAUAAGUGAAGCUGCAGCAGAAUUAGCAGCAAAUGAAGCCACUUUGGAAGUCCAAGAGCAAGUGGAGCGUGAGGAACGUGAACUCAGAAACCUAGAAGCUGAGUACAGACAAAGGCUUGCACAACAAGAAGAAGAAUGUGCUGCAAAUAAACAGGUCUUGGAAGAAAAGCGCAGAAAGAUAGAACGCUUAGAGACCAUAAAAAAGAUGAAUGCCGCCAAGGCCAAACUAGAAGUGUAUAAACAAGAACAAGGCUCAACCUCAGACUUGCUGGAUCUAUUCAAGGAUUAUAAGCCCAAACGAGAAAGGCUUACAUUCGACUCAAAACCUGCUGUCACGCCACAACUAAUCACAAGGAUGCAAUCUUCUAUAACUACUCCCAAAGAGGAUAGCACAACUGAUUUCGCCAAGGUACUAGCAGAGUCCUUCAGUGUAAGCCGUCUCCCAGCACCAGAGCCUGCUGUUUUCAGUGGAGAUCCACUAAAGUACAAGGGCUGGAAAAUGUCCUUUCAAACGCUGAUAGGCAGAAAGAAUAUACCAGCGAACGAAAAAAUCUACUACCUACAAAAAUAUGUUGGCGGACCAGCAAGGAAAGCCAUUGAGGGAUACUUCCUUCUGGGAACAGAUGCAGCCUAUCAGACAGCGCUCGAUGUCCUGGAAAAAAGAUAUGGAAGCUCCUUUAUGGUUGCUAAGGCUUUCAGAGAUAAGCUGGCCUCAUGGCCAAAGAUAGGACCCAAGGAAAGCCUUCAGCUACGAGAGUUCUCAGACUUCCUUCAAGGCUGUCAAGCAGCCAUGUCGCAAAUAAAGAGCCUGGAGGUCCUUAACGACUGUGGUGAAAACCAACGAAUGCUCUCCAAGCUCCCCGACUGGCUUACAGCAAGAUGGAACCGAAGGGUGACCAGGAUGGAAAAGGAAAAUGAGACUUUCCCCAGCUUCGAUCAGUUCGUGGAAUUCGUCACAGAGGAAGCCGAUAUAGCUUGUAAUCCGAUUACCUCCCUUCACGCUCUGAAGUCUGGAGAUGGUGGAAAGGAGAAGCCACAAAAAACACGAAGUGUUGGUGCUAAGGUGCUAGCAAGUAGCUCUGAAGAGAAAACAGAUGCUAAAGGAUGUGUAUUCUGUGAGAAGUCAAACCAUGGCUUACAGACAUGUCGAAAGUUCUUGAAAGAGACAACUGCAGAACGAGUCAAGUUUGUGAAAACAAACAAGCUCUGCUUUGGAUGUUUGAAAUCAGGACAUCAGUCCAAGAACUGUGAGAAGAGAAGCAUUUGUGAGACAUGCAAAGGGAAGCAUCCAACAUGUCUACAUGAAAAUCGUCCAAGGGAAGACGAUAGGAAAGAACAAGAGGAUGGCGAAGGAAAGGAGAGUGGGAGACGCUUUAAGAAAAAGGAGCGCACAAAGGAGAAGGAAGACUUAUCAGAGUCUGAAGAGAAAGAAGAGACACCAGUAGAGGCAACAGCUAACAGAGUGGUGCAAGACAAGAGGAGCACCUAUUCCUCCACAGUUGUUCCUGUAUGGCUGUCCACAGCAAGUAAUCCAGAGCAGGAAGUGCUCGUAUACGCUCUAUUGGACAACCAAAGCGACACCACCUUUAUCCUGCAAGAAACGGCAGAAGUGUUAGUUACAAAGAAACAGCCUGUGGAAUUAAAGCUCUCCACGAUGUCAUCCAAAGAUACCGUCAUCCAGAGUCAGAAGUUAACUGGACUGCAGGUCAGAGGUUAUAAUGAGACAAGGAAAAUAUCUCUCCCAGUAACCUACACAAGAGAAUUUAUUCCUGCAAACCUAAGUCAUGUCCCCAUACCUGAGACAGCAAGAUCAUGGCCUCACCUAGAGCACCUUGCUGGAGAGAUCACUCCUUUAUGUGACUGUGAGAUUGGCCUGCUCAUAGGCUACAACUGUUCUCAGGCCCUGUUGCCCAGAGAAGUGGUGUCAGGAAAAGAUAAUGAGCCUUUCGCUCAACGAACAGACUUGGGCUGGAGUAUAGUUGGCUGUGCAGAUCCCUGCGUCGAUUAUGGAGAUGCAAUUGGAAGCAGCCACAGGAUCGUUGUGAAACAAGUCAUCACACCACCAGAAGUCAUUAAGGCACUCGAAUCAGACUUCAACGAAAGAGUAGCCGAAGAUGCUCAUAUCUCACAGGAAGAUCUACGUUUUCUAUCCAUAAUGGAGGAAGGAAUCAAAGCGAAGCCAGACGGACGUUGCGAAAUGCCUCUCCCAUUUAAAGAAGAAAGGCCAAGCCUGCCACAGAACAGAAUCUGUGCAGAUCACCGUCUCAAGUGUCUCAGAAAGAGAUUGGAGAGGGACGAGCAAUAUCGGAAGGACUACAAGACCUUCAUGAGUGAGAUGAUUGCACGCAGAGAUGCAGAGAAAUUCACAGAAGAACAACUUGACAAAAGCCCGUCCUGGUACAUUCCUCAUCACGGGGUGUAUCACCCUCAUAAACCUGGGAAGAUACGGGUCGUGUUCGACUGCUCAGCCAAGUUCCAAGGCAUGUCACUGAAUGACCACCUGCUUACCGGACCGGAACUGACAAACACCUUGGUAGGCGUGCUCUGUCGCUUUCGCAAGGGUCCAGUAGCGAUCAUAUGUGAUGUGGAACGCAUGUUCCAUCAGUUUCAUGUCAGACCAGAGGACAGAGACCAUUUGAGGUUUCUGUGGUGGGAAGACGGCGACCUACAGUCAGAACCAGCGGUCUACCGCAUGAAAGUACACCUGUUUGGGGCGGCCUCAUCACCCGGCUGCGCAAACUAUGGCCUCAAACACAUCGCUGCACAAGGACAAGAACUUCCCAGCGGAGACAUCAAGGUGGGAGAGAUGUUAGCAGAAGACACUGAAGUUCGAAAGGCCUUCGUGGGCAAGACCUUGACGACGGAAGACUCACUGCUUGAUCGCUUCCAGAAGUUCUCCAGCUGGAUGAUGUUAGUCAAAGCCAUCGCUAGACUCAAACGACGUGUCAAAGAGCUCAAGGAAUGGAGCAGGGCGACCAAGUGCAGCUUGGACCAGGGUUAUUGGAGGGAACAACUAACAGACUCGGCAGACUGA